UUUCUCCCUUCACAAAUCAUUAUUUUCAAAACAUACUCAUGAAAGAUUUUCUGCCUUAAACCUAAUUUGAUUCUCAUUUCUAACCCAAAAAUCAAAUUACAAAACCAUUUUCUCUCUCCUAAAAAGAUUAAAUUUUACUGCAAACAUGCAUUUGUGGUCCAAAAAGUGUGUCUUAAUUUUGUGACCUUUUAAGUUAAGAAAAUAUUUACUCCAAAAAUUUCCUUCUUAUUCCCCAACUCUCUCUUUUUCCUUAAACCAAACACUCCCUUCUACUUCUUGUAGCUCAUCCACCUACAUUAGGAAAUUAGAAUCUUUCAUUAGCUGAAAAGAAAACUUCUUUUUUUCAUUCAAGCAUUUUAUCAAACAGGUACAUGACAAUCUAAAAUAAGCUUUCGGUGAACUUUUUUUUGAAGAAAAGCUUGAUUCUUUGUACUGGGUUUUCCUCUCUUUGAAGGAGAAAGAUGAGUUUUUUGAAUGAUAAGUUUAUAAAAACAAAGAAAACCCAGUUGCUAAUUUAAGCAGUUUUUUUUUUCCUCCACCAAAAAUUUUCAUUCUUUUUUAGUACACAAAGAGAAGAGAAAGAAAAAAAAAAAUGACAAUUUUGAGUGGUUUAGGAAUAGUAUUAAGUCUAGUUUUUGGUUGUUUGUUAUUAGCACUUGUUGCAGAACUUUACUAUCUAUUAUGGUGGAAGAAACAAAGAAUAAUCAGCAACACCAGCAACAGAAUUGAUCAAGAUUACAGUACUCAUGCUAAAGAGAUGUUUUAUCUCUUUUGUUGGGAUAAACCCACAACAAUUAUCAACAACAACAACAACAACAACACAAAUUCUAGCAACACUGUUGUUGGAAACCCAGUUCAAAAUGACCCAGAUGUUGAAAUGGGUUUAGAAACAAGAAAAGAUCUGUUGCUCAAAGCUUUAGGAGAAGAAGGUGUAGAUUCAGAUAUCAUGAGAUUAGCAGGUCAUCCAAGAUUUUUGUUCACAAUUAAAGAAGAAACAAAGGAAGAUUUAGAAUCUGAUGAUGGAAAAUCAAAGAAAGGAUCAAGAACAACAAGUCUUAGUGAUCUUAUUAUGGCACUUGAAACACAUACACCUUAUAUUAGUCCUAUGAAUUCUCCUAGUAAUUUAAAGAAGAAAUCUUUAGAUAGUAAUUAUAAUUAUAACAAUAACCCUUUGUUUGAAUCAUCAGUUGAAGCUGAAAUUAGCAGAUUAAGAUCAUCUCCACCUCCAAAGUUCAAGUUUUUAAGAGAUGCUGAAGAGAAAUUGUAUAGAAGGUUGGUAGAGGAAGCUCAGAAGAGUGGGAUUUUUCAGGAGGGUAUUUUAGACAUUUCACAUGAGGUGAAAAAAGAUGAAAUUUUGAUGAAAAAUGGUGGUGAAAAAAACAAGGAAAAAGAGAGAGAAAUUAUUCAUUGCAAUUCACAGGUACUUCCAUUGGCUUCUUCUCCUACUAAUUCUGAUAAUUUCUCAUUCAGUUCAGUGCAAAUUAAACAACCAAAUUUGCAUUAGAUCUUGUUUAAGGGUUUAGUUAGUGUGAAUUAAGCCUUUUUUUUUAAUUUUAUUUUUUAAAAUAUUCCUGCUUUAAUUAUUAAAAAUAGGCAUUAUGUAAGAUAAUCUCCUUGUUAUCAAAAUUAGAAGAGUUUUGGAAUUUCCUAGAACAGAAAUAUCUGAUACCUUCUACUUCAGUGUUUUAGUGCAAAAUGGUAAGCCCUUAUUUGCAGGGCACACUUGUGUUUUUUCUUGCAUUGUUGGUUAAGAAAAUUGCUCUGUUAUAGCAUGUGUAAAUAACAUUAUUACCAUAUUUGUCCAUUAUUCUGAG